AGUGGAUUUUACUUUAGCAAUGUCAAAGUAAUUGGGCUAAAACCUUGUAUAAUUUCCAUCUCUCCUCAGUUUUGACAUUUGUGUGUGUUAAUCACAUUAAAUUGCAUUAUAAUUUGCAGCCGUUAUGUGACAAAAUGUAAAAAAAUAAUAAUAAAAAAAAAUCAACAUGUUGAAUAUUUUUGUAUUUCUUCAGUUCAAGUGACAAAAAGUGACCUAUUAAAACUCACUUCUGUUGGCAUCUGAGAUUUGCCAGAGGAAACCCCAGAUGCCUCUCGGGAAGAUUGGAGGGGGAUGAAGUGAAGACUCAGCUAUCCAGAGCCAAAUGAUCACCAGCCAACUCUUGGCUGUAAAGACACAGUAUAGCUGGAGCCCACUCAGCAGAGUGGGUGUAUUAGAAUGCACCUGCAAUUGCUUUCCUUUGAACAAUUUCAGUAACAUAAUCAGCCAAUUUGCUGUAUUGCAAUGCAAAUGUCACGUCCUCUGGGGUUUUUAAACCAACUGGCCUGAACUGCAACACUCAGGUCGAUUUCCUGGUUUUUAAAUAAUCUCUGUAUAAAAAGGAUCUUGAUAAGGAAGUUGUGGUUUGCUGCUGGUAUAAUGCACACACCCACUUUUCCGUGUCACAAGACUGAAAGUUUUCACGAGGUUUAUUCUGACAUUUCCUACUUUAUAAGACAUUGAUGAAAUAAUGGAACGCCUCAGAAAAAUAGGCGAUUUUGUGCUUCAUUUAAAGUGAAGAUGUGAGUCAGUGAUACAGAGAAAUAGACAGUGGUCCAGAUUUCUGUGUAGUGCCCUGAAGAGGCAGCACAACGGAGGAAAAAUAGGUGGGUGCCAAUGUGAACACCCACUCCUCCUCCUCUUCGAGGGUGCACCACUCCCUAAAUCUGCCAGAACACGCGCAGAAAGUUUCACAGUAAAACUCCCCACCCACCGCAGUUCUCCCCAAAAGCCCCCCUCUUUAUCCUCCCGAACUAGUUCUGUCACAUGAGGGUGAGCUCACGAGGGGUUCAGCACCUUGUGGGCUUCGGUGAUAUAUUUGGGCUCCUCGCGGAAGAGAAAUAUGACGCGCGAGGAUAGAGCGGAGCUGUCCACGCGGGCCACGGAGCCAGCGCUUGCGUGUCGAGGUGCCAAGUGUUCCGGAGCGUUUUCAUUGGCACUGGCAAAAGCGUGCUGUGGCCAGGGCUCGUGACAUGCAUUCCCCCUGAGCUUGGUGACGCCUCCCUCAGCAGCACGGUGGCAGGAUGCCGGUGCAGGCGGCCCAGUGGACAGAGUUUCUGUCCUGUCCCAUCUGCUACAAUGAGUUUGACAGCAGCGGCCACCAGCCCAUCAGCUUGGGCUGCUCCCACACGGUGUGCAAAACGUGCCUGCACAAACUGCACCGCAAGGCCUGCCCCUUCGAUCAGACGCCCAUCAGCACGGACAUCGACCUGCUGCCGGUCAACUGCGCCCUGCUGAAGCUGGUCGGAGCACAGGUCCCAGAUGUUCCUCCUGUGAGUCUGAGCAGUGCGGCAGAUGUUGAGCACUAUGACCUUUGCCGACUGUGUGUAGAAGAGCUGGCUCUCUACCUGAAACCUAUCAGUGGUGCCAAAGGUGUGGCGAACCUGAGUCCGAGCGUGCUCAGUAGGCCCAUGCAGAGAAAGCUGGUUACUCUGGUGAACUGCCAGCUGGUAGAAGAGGAGGGUCGUGUGCGGGCGGUCCGGGCAGCCCGCUCACUGGGGGAACGGACUGUAACCGAACUCAUCCUGCAGCACCAGAACCCCCAGCAGCUCUCUGCUAACCUCUGGGCAGCGGUGAGGGCGCGGGGCUGCCAGUUUUUGGGUCCUGCAAUGCAAGAAGAUGCACUGAAGCUGGUUUUACUAGCUUUGGAGGAUGGUUCUGCUCUGUCUAGGAAGGUGCUGGUUUUGUUUGUGGUCCAGAAGCUUGAGGCCCGGUUCCCCCAGGCAUCUAAAACCAGCAUAGGCCAUGUGGUGCAGCUGCUGUACAGGGCCUCCUGCUUUAAGGUGACUAAGCGGGAUGAGGAUUCCUCCCUAAUGCAGCUGAAGGAGGAGUUUCGAACGUAUGAGGCGCUAAGAAGAGAACAUGACGCUCAGAUUGUCCACAUUGCCAUGGAGGCAGGCCUUCGAAUUUCUCCUGAGCAGUGGUCCUCUCUCUUAUAUGGAGACCUAGUCCACAAAUCACACAUGCAGUCCAUAAUUGACAAGUUGCAGUCUCCAGAGUCAUUUGCAAAGAGCGUUCAGGAACUGACGAUUGUUCUGCAGAGGACGGGAGAUCCAGCCAACCUCACAAGCCUUAGACCACACCUAGAGCUACUGGCCAACAUAGACCACAACCCAGAUGUCCCGCCACCGUCCUGGGCAGAGCUGGAAAGCGUGAUGCUGGCUGUAAAGCUGGUGGUUCAUGGACUGGUGGAGUUCAUACAGAACUUCAGCAAGAAGAGCCAUGAAACUCCACAGCCCCAGGCCAACAGCAAGUAUAAGACCAGCAUGUGCAGAGAUCUUCGUCAGCAGGGAGGCUGUCCCAGAGGAACCAGCUGUACAUUUGCGCACACGCAAGAUGAGCUGGAGAAAUUCAGACUGAGGAACAAGAAGAGCAGCAGCGUGGUCCGGCCAUUCUCUUUAGCCAGCAAAGGCCUCAAAGAUGCAGAUGAAAACAUGGAGGAAGCUUCCAGCCUGACAAACCCGCUGCUGAUCUCCAGAGGGUCAGGGGGUGUGGAAGAACUGAAAAGAGCUUUGACGAAUGGAACCAGUGGGGCUAACGGGCCUAACAGAACCAAAUCAGGGUCCACAGAGCUGAAGCCCAUGUCCCCUCCCAGGACUCCAGUCAGCCACUCUUCAGCUUCCUCUCCUUUGAGUUCUGCAGGUGGUGCUGAUGUCAGCGCUCCUCUUCCUCGACAUGGUCAGUUCAUCAUCUCCUCUCCUCACCCUUCUCAGGCAUCAGAGCUAUACUACCAGGAAUCUCACCCUGGUUAUGACACGGUGCACUUUCAGCCAAACUCAGGUUCUUACUAUCCAUCUGCUCUUCACCCUCCUCAUAAAUCCUGCAUGGCUCGCUUCCUGCGGUCCUCCAAUGUCCAGGAAUCCUCGCUGCCGCCUUCUUCUGGUGUUUCCUCUUACCCCAAGGACCCCCAGGCUCCUCACCCAGUCUCGUCCCCUUCAUCAGGGUUUCCCCCUAGAGACCAGAUGGGAGCCCCCACCUUCCAUCCCCAUCCAGGACAGGGUCAAUACAGACCUUUGGCUCCUGUUCAUGGUGUUUAUGCUCCUCUUUAUGACAGCAGGAGAGUAUGGAGGCCUCAGCUGUACCACAGAGAGGAUGCCAGGAGUAACUCACUGCCUCCAGAGGUUCUUCACUCCUCUGUCUACCAGCCUCCACUCAGAGAGCGAUUCAACUCUCUAGACAGUAACUACUGCUCUGGAGCGGAGCACCGUACUGGGCUGCACAGGGACUAUGGACGGGUUCCUCUGGGAUAUGAGGAUUUAUUUAGACAGAAGCAGGAACACUGGACUCACAUCCACCACCAUCACAAUCCCAACAGGCCCUCCCAGUCUUCCCCCAUAUUCACCACUGAUUUUGGAGCAGAGCAUGUAGAAAGCAGUGGAGGUCAGUGUGUGGGAUGUAGGUUCAGGGGCGAGGAAAGUUUGGCCCGUUACUCUCCGUGGUCCUGCAGUUCUGCAGGGCCCAGCCUUAGCCCCUUUGAGCCUGAACCUCUCAAACACACCCCAGCUCACUCCCAUUCCCACUCGGAGCAUCUGGAACUAGACUGUAUUGAAGGAGGCCAAGGUGGUGUAAGCGGAACAGGAAAACGAUGUCUGCACUUGUUGGAUCACUACCGACGUUUGAAAGAGGAAGAUCCAAUUAUUCCCUUCAGUGAGGCGCCCAUCAUCUCAAAGUGGGGUGCCAUUUCUAGGGCAUCACGCACAGGCUAUCAUACCACUGACCCCGUCCAAGCUACGGCCUGCCAAGGCAGCGCCAGCACCACAGCAAUAAACUUCAAAGAUUACAACCACCACUUUGAUCAUGGCGACUAUAGGUGGAGCUCCAGAGGAUCAGACUCCUCUAGCCACUCCAGUUUCCUCGAGAGUGAGCAUCUUUGUGCAACGGAGCUGAAUGACCAUCGAACUUCAAUAAGCAGUGGAGAGAAAAUUGGGUUGGACCACCUGCAAGCCCACCAGACAACCUUCCAACGGGAUCAAAACCGAACAGAAAGCGAAUCUGACCCAGAUCGAGACAUUGAGCUUGAACUGCGAGUGCUUGACAUGGAGGAUUCAGAGCACCAUGAGAUCCAGUCUCAGGAGUGCUUAGAUCUGUCCAGCCCCGAGUCUCAGGAUGCUUCCCACCUCCUCCCACCUCCCUGCUCAUCUCCUCUGUGCUCCUCCCCUGUAGAGGAGCACACCCAGUCAGAAAGUCUACUGACAGAGAAAAUGGAUCCACUCCAGCUAAAAAAGAUGGCCUUUAGGAAAUCUCUGUCCCCUAUAGGUCUGGGAUCAGGAAGUCUGGGCAUCAGGAAGCUGGUGUUACGAGCCAGACCUCCACAACUACACGACUCCUCCACCAGGACUCAUCCUGAGACGCCUGGGAAGGAGAUGCUGCUCAAUUGAAGCUAAAGGAACACAAUCUGUCCUGCACUGAUCAAGAGCUGAGUUACUUCUUCUCAAACAAGAAUCUUUUACAACAGGGAAUUUUUAUUUUUAUUUUUAUUUUUUUCAAUUUGAAUAGGUGAAGGUGUUUUUUGACAUCUAACCCAUCACCUAACAGAACCUUUGACAUGCAAUGAUUUAAGUGACUGAAGCCAAUGAUCUUCCAGAGCUUCACUCAUGGACUUGGGGGACUAAAUUUGUUUUGCUCCAGUAAAUUCUACAUUUAUUCAAAGCGUAUCCAAUAACACGUCAUGUUUUCACCCCAGUUCUCAAUGUGUGGUUGCUUUUUAGCGUGUGCCUUUGACAAAUUACUUCCCAUAAAAGCAGGCAUCAAUGAGAAUUUAGGAUCUGUACAGCUUCUUGUAGAAUAAUUUAUUCUCUUUUAAAUCUUGAAACGUUGGUCAGUUAUUUUCUGCCUUUUUUCUGUAUUUCUUAAUAUUUUGUGUUUGCUCUCUCUCUCUGGACAUCUUCAUGUUGUCAUAGCUUUGUGCCAUUUGGCAAAGUGGCCUUUUUACAUUUUUCGGUGUCUCUUUGUUCCGUAGUAUGCCUUAUUCCAAAGAAAGGAAUAGAAAACAUAACAAGACAUGCUCUGAGACAGACUGCUUCAGGAGAUACUAACUAUCCACAGUUAUAACCCUCUAAGGACUCUUUCAACUAAACUAUUAAUAAACUGUUACUGAGCACAUAGAAAACACUUUAUCUUAACAAACAAACCCUGCAGAAAGGGUUUUCCUUGCAAAGAUUUCUGUUUAUUUGAAGGAUUCUUUUUAUCUUUGCACCUGUAGUUUUUAUCCUCAGUUAGUUGGUCCCAACAGAUCAUAGCCUAACUAGUGCAUUGUGCAUUUAUAUUUUCUAACAAGUGAAACAGAAAUUCUGAAUUGCACUCUGUUAUUUUAAUAUAAAAAAAUAAUUCACAAAAAACAAUUGGGCUGAACUGAUUAAGUUUUCAGAUUGAGGGUAUUUCUGAAAAUUUGAGAAAGGGCACAUAGCUAAUUUAAAGAUAUUUAAAGAAGAGAGAGAAAAUCUAAAAUCCCCUGAUAACAUAUGACUUUUAAUGAGUCAUAAGGCAGACCUCUGACUGUCACAGGACCCGGUGCCUGUCAAAAACCCUGUUUGCAUAUAUUCUUUAAUGGUUGUAGAUUCCAUAAUUUAAUUUAAGUCAUGCUUAUCUUUCUUUUUGUAGAAAUUCUUUACAAUUACUCUUUUCCAAUGUUAGCAUUUUUGCACUUAUAAACAAGGACAUUGGUUUGCUUUUAAAGCAGAAAUGAUCAUUUAAGUAAACAUAAAGCAGUCAAAUGCACAAAGAAACUGUGGAGAGAAACAAUACUGUCCUCUCUUUCCUUGAUUUUAUGAAAUCAACCUCCCUAUAGAGUUGUUGAUUUUGCUCAUGAAAUUGUUUAUAAAAAAAUGCUCAUUUUGUAACCCAGUCCAUUUUAUUUGCUGUCUGUACAAUAGUCACAAUUUGUGCUGGAUGUUUUUAUGUUUUUAAAGGUGAAGUCAACAAAAGAAGAGGAACACCACCUAUUGUUUCUUCACGCUAAAUCACUGUUUAACUUCUCCAAAACAUUUGGAUAAUUCUUGUUUUAGUGACGCUAACUUCUGUGAAGUUGUAUGUUGAGGUAUUUUUGUAUCUGGAUCUUUGUUUUUCAUGUUUGUUCUCUUGUCGAUUGCUGGCUUUAAGGUCGGUUCGCUAUGACCUGCUUUACUGGAGUUUACAGUUGACUUCCAUACACCGAGACCCCCUCAAGUCUGUUUAAAUUAUUUCUGAAGGGAAUUAAGUGAAAUUAUAUUAGAAAUGUUUCAGGCUUUGGUAGUAAUUUCCUCUAUGGUGUUCACUUUUACACUGUGGGCCAGAAGUUUAAGUCAUCAAUCACUGAUUUAUUUUGGACUUUUAUUGAUGACUUUCAAGAGUUUCUACUGUGGAAUUUUGAACUAAUAAUUUCAACUAAUUAUAAAAACACAUAAUUGGUGCAGGAGCUUUAGUAUAUUAAGGCAUAUAAGUUCAAAAUUAGAUCUACAGGAUGUGAGAGAGUCAUGAAUCUCACAUCAUUUAAAUUUAUCUGGUAGGAUAAAUUUUGCAUUUCUCACACAUGUAACUGCCAGGCAGUUUGAUGAGAAAUGCUUAAUUAAAAGACCAAAAUUAAUGAGAUUUAUACCAAGAUUACGUUACAUUCUGACCAACAAUGUAGGUGUAUCUGCACUGUGUUUAAAUAUAAAUGAAGGCCUGGAGAUUCUUUGGUUGUUUCCACCCCUGUUACUCCAUCUAACGAUUAACUUUUGAGUCUUGCCUUGUACGGUGAAUUCCUGGACGUAAAAGAUGAGGGCUAGUGCAGACGGACAUUUGAAACAAGCUUGGCUAGCUAUGGUCUCUCUGCUUCUGUUUACAACUUCUCCUUUGAAGUCAUGUAAAGUUAAGUGCCAUGUCGUUUAUAGUACAAUCAGUCCCUGCAGUCCUCUUGACGGCUUAUUAAAACUCCUUACACAGAAGCUGUGAUAUUCUCAGAGGUUUCUGACUUCUGAGAGAUGCCUCUCCUCUUAAAGUUGUGUUGUGAUCCGUUGGAGGAGGUUCGGUCCUUCAGUUAAAAAUCACUCAGGGAGUCCUUCAGUUGGCUUUUUCUACGCACGUCUCCGAGUGAUCCUUUCACCCAAAGCUGAUUGUGGUGAUGAAGAGUCAAUGAUAUUAUUACCAACAUUUACUUUACUGGUGUUUUCUUUUUCUCCUCUCAGUAUCAAUAUUAGCUCUGCUUUGAGUAUCAAUGAAAAAAGGGCUGGGCACAUAUGGGACUGUUUGUAAAGGAGUUAUUGUGAGUAUUGAGUCAAAGUGUUUGUUUAUGAAGUUUCCAUGGAGCCCUACUGGCUAAUUGCACUGGACAAAUCUGCAGCCCAUCCCCCAGGCCAGCCCAUCUUGCAUCCCGUGACAUGCAUGCGACACAGCCCCUCUUGUGAUUGCAGAGGAGUACCAAUGGUUCUGUAGUUGUGAUACAACACACCCGGCGCUGUAAGAGUUCUGCACAUGCCCACUGUGUGGCCACGUCAAGUGCUGAAGUUUGUUUGCAGCGUCUUAUUUGCUUGCUCUGAAAAUUUAAUAGCGUUUAUCAACGACUUUAUUAAUAUUGUUGAUAUUAAGACCACAUUUGGUUGUUGUGUUAUUUUUUCCUUCUCAAUAUUUUUGAAGUUUGCUCAUUUUGGUUAAAUUUCUGUAACUUUUUUAAAAUCAGACAACAAAGUGUCUGAAUAUUUUAAAUUAUAUGGGGAAAAAAAAUCUUGUUCGUUGAUUGUGAAACAUAAUGAACUGAUGUUUGAAGUAUUCAUGUCUGUAUUAGACAUUUUAUUUGCAAAUCUAUUGUGCGAUUGAAAUGUAAAUGAAUUUUUUAAGAGAUGGUACACAUCUGUCAUUGUAUACAGUCUGGCACCAUCAUUAGAUGGACUUGUAGUAUUAACGCUCAUUUCUACAGCCUGUGAUAAUCAGAUUUAUUUAAAUGUUCCAAAUCCUUGGGGCAAUUGUGCAAUGUCUCAGAGCAGAGAAGGUUUGAUGCUUCUGAGACAAAACCUCUUAAAACGUCCCAAAAAUGAAUAAUACUGUUACGUAUUCCAUUUAUUUCCUUGGAAAUAUCGCAUUGUGAAAGGUUUCCCUUUUACUUACUGUAUUUGUAAUGCAGGUCUGGAGUAAAGUCUAACCCUAUGGUGGUGAUGAUGAUGAUGAUUUAUGUGCUAUUAAUAAUUGAUGAAGCAGUCUGUGUAUUGUUUUACUGACUGAUUAUUUUCUGUGUUUUUCUGGCUUGUUCAGCAGUAUUGCGCUGACCUAGCUGACCUGGCUGAGCAGGAAACCACUCCUGUGUUGCACUGAGUGUUAUAAUAAGGAACAUUAGAGUAUAUGAAACCGCAUGCUUUAAUAAACAGAGCUGUGAAAUGCUUCUGUGUGUUUGUAAUACAGUGUGCUAUUUUCAUCUUUUGACAGUUUUGUACAUUAGCAGUUAUCAAUGAGUUUUCUUAAGUAUAUGUUUGCAUGAUAUUUUUACUUCCGCACAUGAACAUUUCUUGGUAGGAAUUAAAGAGAUAAA